UGUGGGUGCUACAAAUACAGCACAUGGUAGCGUUUGGUAGCUGCUUGUAGCGACGGACACCACCGGGCCCCAAACUCUGAGCUGGACUGACUUCUCAGUUAAAGUUGCUCAACUUUUACAUUUGCAACCGUUAGUUGUAAAAUACUAACAACUUUGAAGUCGUCUAUCUUUGUGCAAGGUUGUGCGCGAGCCAUAUAUAUCGAGUUCGAGGACCUUUAGAAACACCUGUCCCGCUCCGCCUGCAGCAGCCACGCAGAAGCUAGCAUGUCGACUGGCAAAAAUGAAGUUAAAAGCUGCCCCAUCCCGACCAGGGUGCUCACCCUGAAGGACUGGUCCCAGCUACCAGACUGUUACAGCCAGACACCCGGGGGGACCCUCUUCUCCACCACGCCUGGAGGUACCCGCAUCAUCUAUGACAGGAAAUUUUUGUUGGAUUGCCGAAACUCCCCUCUUGCCCGGACCCCCCCAUGCUGUCUGCCCCAGAUCCCAGGGGUAACAGUACCUGCUACACACUCUAUGGGGAAACUGCAGGAUCUCAAAGAGGAGGCUGAGGAGGAAGAGAAGGACAUUGCAGAUGAAAACCAAUUUGAGAUGGACAUCUGAGCUCCAGUAUUACCUCCUGUGGAGAGUUAUUAGUUCAAACACCUCCAAGGUCUUUAAUGACUGUAAUGUAUUACAUAUAAAGCUUUUUUUCACCUUUUUUUAAAAAAAAAAUAAAAGCUUUGUGAGGAACCAAAAAGAAUUGGGGAUAAAGUUGGAAAACUUUAGGGUGUUUAUGACCCUAAAAAGUCUGUUAAGUAAAGAAAUGGGAUUUAAUGGGUUGUUUGGUUGCUCACUCACUUUGGAGCUGCAGCAGGAUUGAAAAAAUCCAUUUUGAUUUCACUUUUUUUAAUCUUUUGUAAAUAACAUUGUACAAUGUAGCCUAUUUUUUAAGUUGGGGAAUAUAAGAUGAUUACAUUAAGACAUGUAGAGUUUUUCACUGCAGGCAUCAGUUGUUUUGUUGUAUUUCUCCCCCAAAAUGGAUGGCUAACAAGUGUCUCCUAAUACUGGGGGUCAGGGCCUACUGAAAAUCAGCUCCUAUGCUAUUUUGUAUGGAGGGAGAACUGAAAUGUGAAUAAUUUCAAAUAAAGGCAAUUCAAAAUGUCA